AUGAAGAGCACAACAGCAAUGGUAAGAAGAAAGCAUUACGAGGUAUUAGAUGAUGAAGAUGAAGGUACCGGUACAGUACUGGGUGGUGUUAGCAGUGAGGGGAGGUGUAGCAGUGAGGGCAGGUGUAGCAGUGAGGGGAGGUGUAGCAGUGAGGGCAGGUGUAGCAGUGCUAUUGUUAGUACUAGCAGCUCAACUGCUAGUACUACUACUCGCACUGCUCCUGCCAACCCUGUAAAUACUUCCCUUACUGACCCACCCCCCAAUACACCAUUACCAUACCUUUCACCACUCUACAACCUUUCAUCACUCCCCAAGCUAUCCCUCUCUGCAAUAUCAACCAUCCUACGCAAUCGCUACACCCACAACAUACCGUACACCUUAGCAAGCAACAUCCUCAUAUCAAUAAACCCCUACAAACCAACGAUUCCCUUUCCACUGAUAAAGAAGAACGUAACGUACGUAAUAAGUGGUGAAUCAGGUGCUGGUAAAACAUUCCUUGCCAAUGAAAUCAUCUCUAAGUGCUGUGAUGGUGUGAUCAUAAGGGAUGCAUUCGUUGUGUUGGAGGCAUUCGGCAAUGCACGUACAAGCAAUAACUGCAAUAGCAGUAGGUUCGGAAAGAUUGUACGUAUGGAUGAGAGGGUGGUAAUUGAUGCUUUUCUGUUGGAGGAGAGCCGAGUUACGCAUGGUGCGUACAACUUUCAUAUUUUCUAUCAAAUGGUGAAUUAUUAUGGAUGGGAUGUUGAGGAUUGUGAUUAUAUGAGAGAGGGAGAUGAUGUAGGGUGUGGUGGAGAGGAGGGAUUUGGUGAUGAAGAGAAUAGGAAUGAGAGUAGGAAUGAGAGUAGGAAUGAGAAUAGGAAUGAGAGUAGGAAUGAGAAUAGGAAUGAGAAUAGGAAUGAGAAUAGGAAUGAGAGUAGGAAUGAGAGUAAGUGUGCGGUAAGCGAAGAGCAUCCAUACCGUGUGGAAGAAAAAAAUGGUGUGUAUGGUGCUAAGCAUAGCAUGAACAGCACAUUCUCAUCGUACCACACCUUCACAGCAACUCUCAACGCAAUCACCACUCUUUCACUCUCCUUGCCAGCCAUAAAAUCAAUCCUGUACAACAUCAUACAGCUCGGCAAGCUGCACACACCCUCUCAACACUCCCUCAUAUCAAAACUUUCAUCAUCCCUAAAAACGGACAUAUCGGACCUGUUCACCAAGAAAUUGCGCAUAAAAGACGAAAUAAUCGUAUCACCUCUAGAACAUGCACAGUUCAGGAAGAAGAGGGACAGAUUGGCACGUACACUGUACAAGGACCUGUUCUACGAUAUUGUGAACAGGAUCAAUGAGGGACUGCGAGGUGUUAGGGUGUUCAACUCGUGUAGUGUUAUCGAUAUCUUUGGUUUUGAGUGUGUGGACAGGAAUGGCUAUGAGCAGUUCUUGAUCAACUAUGCUAAUGAAAAAAUGCAGAAGUGCUAUCUUAGGGAGCUGGUCGUGGAGCGGGAGAAGGAGUAUUUGAGGGAGGGUAUAAUACGUGAUGACCGGUGUGGCGGUGUGUAUACCGGCGGUACCUCCUUUCAUGCACGUGAUCAAAACGGCAAGGACCACACAAACGCAUCUAAGAGCCACGCACAUGCGAUCAACGCAUACCACCCGCACCUACAAACACCCUUGACAUUGAACAGCAACAUCCUGCACCUCAUAGAAAACAGAACAGGCAUCAUCAACAUAAUAAAAGACGAGUCAAAGCUUAAAACGGAUCUCAUCACCAAAAUAAAGCAGUUCAACAACACGCCCAUCAUAAAGACAGAUAAUGAACGGCUUACACUGGUGCACAGCAUAGGAGAGGUAACGUAUGAUGUGAGUGAAUUUGUAAGGAAGAACAACUUUGAUUUGGUGGACAGCUACAGAAGAGAGGUAGACAGGAUGGUUGAUGAGAUUGUUAAUCCUGUGUUUGUUAGGUGUAUAAAGCCUAACAGGAGCAACGAUGGGUGGAGUGGUAGCAGUUUGAUGGACAGCAGUGAUGAUUUGAGUUGUAGUGAUGGGUUGGAUGGUGGGCAUGCUGAUGCAAUGAAUGGAAAUGGCACUGCAAUGAAUGGAAAUGGCGAUGCAAUGAAUGGAAAUGGCACUGCAAUGAAUGGAAAUGGCGAUGCAAUGAAUGGAAAUGGCACUGCAAUGAAUGGAAAUGGCGAUGCAAUGAAUGUAAAUGGCACUGCAAUGAAUGGAAAUGGCGCUGCAAUGAAUGGAAAUGGCGAUGCAAUGAAUGGAAAUGGCACUGCAAUCGAUGCUCAUACCGAUACUUCCCGUACCGGUACACAUACUACCCGGUCCACCACCGGUACAUCAACUAAUACCGGUACUACUGCACCUAACAGCAUAAAAUACGAUAAGAAGUACAUAAAAGCACAGCUGCUCAUCAGCGGCAUCCUAAAUAUUCUUCGUAUGUCCACAUACGAAAAGAAACUGCCGCUCCAAUUCUUCAAUUCCCUUCAGUGCUCGCUUUGCAACUUCACGUUAAACAUAAAAUGCAUGAAGGGAAAGAACUACGUAUACAUGGAUGAGAGAGAAUACGUAAGGAUGAACCACAUGAUUGAACGGAUGAAGUGCAGUGUGCGGAACAGGGUGCAUGUUAUGGUACGGUACGUGCUUUCGAAGAGGAAGCAGGCUCGUGCUAAUGAAGAUUUGCAGAUGAGGAGUGCACAGGUAGAUGAAGAAUGGGUUGAUGACCGUGUCGGGAUAGAACAGAGCGUGCGUACGAUGGUGAUAGACUAUCACACACUCAACCGCUCGCCGAUACGUGGCAUGCCGUGCAAGGCACCAUGUGUCAUCUCAUCAUGCAAAACGUGUGCUGUGCUAAAGACCAAGUACGAAAUACAAUCGAAGUCCUUGCGUGCCAAGAAUGCGCUUUCUGAGGAGAAUAAGAAGAUGAAGAAGAGGGUAGAGGAGCUGGAAAGAAAGAUAAAGGAACUGGAGAGAGGCAUACGGGACAACGAGAGAGUGAAGAGAAGUGUUCUGAGAAUGGAUGAGGGUAAAGAAACAGAGAAUGUGAAUCGGGUGUAUGUGAGUGUAAGUAAGGUGAGGAGUGUUGACGGGUCCGAGAGGAGCUGUGAGUGUGAGGAGUACGACUGUGAGGGUGGUAGAACUGAUGUGCAAGGGUGUGAUGUGAAAGCGUUGGAUCGUACCGUGGAGGAGAUAGAAGAGAAAAAUGGGAUGAGUAGGAGCAGCCGGCUCAGUGAGGUAAUGGAGGACAUGAGCGUGAGCAGGGGUAGUGAGAAAACGAAAGAUCGUAAGAACGAUGGCAGGACGAGCAGUUCUGAUGAUACUGCAACGAGCGAUGAAAUAGCACGUGAUAACGAUGCAGCCGUCGGAGAUGACACGAUAAACCUGCUCUGUCCAUCCCUUGCCAAAAAGAUUUACAACCUGUCACUGCUCAUUCAAUUGCACAUACAAUCAAUUCUUUUUGGCACUUCAGCACCCACAACUCGGCUGCACGCCCUUUCACUCGGCAAUCUUUCGUUUAUAUACGUGCACAAGACGGGUAUAAGCGACAUUUACUUCUACAAUGAGAUAAAACGGCGUGUACUGAUGUACGAGGACAAUGUACGUGUGAUAGGAUACGUGUUAAGCAACAUCAUGGAGUACAACAGUUUCUUGUGCGGAAUGGUUGAGGAUGUUGGCGAUGAAAAUGUGUGUAAUUUGGCGUACAGUACUCGAUAUGGUGGUGAUAACGAGGUAUGCACAGUCAAUCUACGUGAUUUGAUCUGCACGGAUGAGGGAGCGAGGAACGGUGCGGGUGGUUUAUCUGGUAAUGAAGAUUUGGCCUUGUCUAACGAUGCUGGUAAUAAUAAGGGCAUGAUUGAUAAUAGCAGCGGUAGGGCUGGUAGUGACAGGCCAGGUAGCCCUCACAACAAUGCCACCAACAAAACAGUCCAUAAUACCAGUGACAGGUCAUUCAAGCACACCGUGAUCACCAACAAUCUCAAUUUCAUGCUUUCACUCCAAUUCUCAAUCACCAAUCACUUCAUAAACCUUAUCAUCUUCGAGCUCAAACAGAACAUAAAUAUUUUCAAGAACAGCUUCCUGUUCAGGCGCAACAAAAUCAAAGACCUGACACAUACCCUGAGAAGAUUCCACAACCUGAUGAUACGCCUGCACUUCCCAUCAACAACCCAGUACAACAUAAUGAACCAUCUGCUGCAGUACAUAAACACGGAAGUGUUCAACAGGCUACUUACAAACGUACAAGAAUAUGAUAAGGUGAAGCAGUUGCUACGAUCCCUUUUAUCGGUGCUUGGCGAGGUAGAUUACAUAGAUGGAAUGUUCAAUCUAAAGCAUCUGGAGGAGAGUGUAGUGCUGUUGGAGAGUGGCAGCAGUGCACGGUGCUUUGCGCUUAGUUCACGGCAAAUUAACCACCUGAUCGCUGCUUACUAUAAGAGUGGGGUUGAGAUGGAGGACAGCGUGAAAUUGAAGCUUUGUGGAUUUGUUAUGGGCAGAAUGGCACGUGCCAGAGCGGUGUACUGUGUAGGUGAUGGCAUUGAUAGGAAGGUCAUUGAUGAAAUAUUCAAGGAUGUUAUCAAAUGAAUAUGCAAGGCUAUACGGAGCAUCGUACUUUCAUUGGUGAUACUUUAUGUUCAAUAAAACCAAACGUAUUUAUCCUC